GCAGGUCUCUGUCGUAAGUUCUGCUACCUUCGUUUUCACCUGAUCUCGACUAUCGUUAGUUAGGGUUUCAAUUAAAAUUCCGGGGAAGGUAAAGUUAGGUUUUCUUUGGAGGUAAGUAUUUCCAAUUUAUCGUUCUGUUAUAUGCUACCUGCGGUGUUGUCGAAUUAGGGUUAGGGUUCUUGGUUUCUUGUAGCAUUUGUGAAUUUUGGGGUUGGCCAAGUAUUUGGGGUUUCUUGGUUAUUGGUGGAAUUGGGGAAGUUAGGGGUUUGGAACAUGGAAUCGGAGCAAGGCAAAUUGUUCGUAGGAGGGAUUUCUCGAGAGACGAGCGAAGAUAUCCUGAAGGAGCAUUUCAGCAGAUACGGUAUCGUGUUAGGCUCAGUUGUAGCUAAGGACAGGUGUACGAAGAAUCCUAGGGGUUUUGGCUUUGUUUGGUUUUCUGAUUCUUCAUCAGCUGAUAAAGCUCUUCAAGACACUCACGUUAUACUAGGAAGAACGGUAGAAGUGAAAAAAGCCAUACCCAGAGGUGAACAACAUCAAAACCAUCAGCAACAACUGCAAAAAAAUCAACCCAGAGAACAACAGAAUUUUGGAGAGAUUGAAAUUAAUGGUAAUGGUAACAUCGAUAAUCAGUUUAGAACUAAAAAGAUUUUUGUAGGUGGUUUAUCAGCUAGUUUAACUGAGGAAGAGUUCAAGAAUUACUUUGAGAGGUUUGGUAGGAUAACUGAUGUAGUUGUGAUGCAUGACAGCAUGACAAACCGGCCUAGGGGCUUUGGCUUUGUUACCUUUGAUUCGGAGGAAUCUGUUGAGAAUGUUAUGCAGAAGAAUUUUCAUGAGUUGAACAGUAGGUUUGUGGAGGUAAAGAGGGCCGUACCUAAGGAGGGAAUUCAUGCCACUAACAGUAAUUCUAACACACAGUUUGGAGUUGGUACAGGACCUUCCUAUAACAGUUCUCAGUUUUGUGAGUACCCUCCUAAUAGUCCUGCAUAUGGGAUGCUCCCUGGUUAUGGUCCUCCUUCCGGAUACACUGGUAUUGGUGGAUUUCUUUACGGAAUGGGUGUUUAUGGUUGUGGUUACCCUAUGGUCGGAUAUGAUGGGGUUGGUUAUGUGGUUCCUCCUCUUGCUCCUAGGAGCCCUUGGUACCCUCCUGUGAUGCCUGGAACUAGGAUUUGCUCUCUGCCUUAUGGCAAUGCGCCAGUUUAUCCUGCUUACAUGAAUGGUGGUGUUGAUCCUAUGGGUAUGGUGGGAGGUGGAUACAAUGCGAUAGGAGGGCCUGGAUUGGACUUGAAAUUGGAUCAGGUUGUUGGUGGGAAUGGACACUUGCCAGUUGACUCGAUAUCAACCCAAUUUGAAGGUUUAAAAUUGGAUAUUGAUUCUUUGGGUUUGAAUAAAACUGGUGGUGGUGCCUCUAGCAAACAGAAAAGGAGAGGUCUUGAUGGAAAACCUAAAACUUUACAUGUAGAUGUUUCUAGAUAACCACUAUGCAUAUUUCUUGUGGGCAUUGAAGGGUUAGUAAAUUCUUUUACUGAUUGGGUUAGGGCUGAUUUAACUGUUUCUGUUUAGGUGUCUGUUUUCUUUAAUUUUAUUUUCUGUUUCAUAACCAUGCUGUUUGCUACCAUUUGACUCUAGUUUAGUAAUUCCAGUACAGAAUCAGCCUUCUGUAAUAUAAAUGCUUUCACCUCAGCUUUCUCUGUGCUUCUCUUUCCUGUUUGUUAAUGAAGUAGUAAAUGAUGUUGGACCUGAAAAUUGUAUUCUUAUAACUAAUAGACCUUUAAGUAUUGCUGCUUUCAGGUAUUGACAUUACUAAGGAUCUCAUUCAGUUGUCUUAACCUUAUUUUGUUGUUUUCAUUUUUCAUUUCUUGUAAAGUAUUCUUGUACAUUAUGGUCUAUGAGUAAUUAGCUGUUGGAUACUUUUUCUCGCUCACUCGAGUCCUUUUGUGUUCCCUUCCUUUUGUACCUUUUUCAAAGCUCCUUCUUUGCAGGGCAACUUAAUUGUCUAAUUUACUUUUGUUUUUCUUUUUGUUUUUUCUUUGAUAAAUUGUGUGCUUUGCAUGAUCAAAGUCAAGAAUUAGUACUAUUUACUGCCUUUACGUUUUUGGGGCAAAGUUUUAUCAUUGACCUUUUGAAGUAAUUCCCCUGCUGAUGUCCUUAUGAGCCUAGUAAAGUCUGACUAUGAAUAUUUGUUGGAUUGAAAUUCAUUUAAUGUUUUUUUCUACUCAAUGCUUUGUGGUUUUGUGUCCCUGGAACUGAUUCCAUCAUCUUCCUAGGAAGGGUCUAUGGUUGAUCGUGCUCUGCAAAUAUUAUCACAAUAGAAAUCUUUUUUUGGCAUUUGGUUCUUUCCUGACUUGCGGAUGCUUGUGUAGAGUAGGAAUGUUUAAGCAGAAUAACAAGCUUAGCAGUUGGCAGGACCCAUGAAGUUGGAAGUGGUGGAUUUUGGUUUGUUUUGAUAGGAGGGAAAAAUCCAAGUAUUUUCAUCUCUUGAGUGUUCAUAUGGGUAUAUUUAGUCAUAUACAUAGUACAUGAGAAAUCAUUGUGGUCUUUGGAGGUUUCUUUGCCGUAAUGGCAGAACUGUGGCUUUGACAUCUUAUUUCUAAAUAUACAUUCGUUCUUCAACUUCCUUUUAUUCCAGUAAUGGAAAGUUGGCAGAUAUUAAAAGGAACAUAAAUUGUUUCUAUUUUUCUUAUCUGCAUCCUCCAAUCGAAAAGCAAUAUUACUUGCUUGUCAGAUUUGUUUGGAUUCUUUGCGAACGUAGGUUACCCAUUUUGAUAGUAUAUACUUUCCAUCAGCUACAUUUCCAUGUAUCAGUUAACCCAUAUGGGAUGAUGAGCAUUGAGGGAGGAAGGUGUAAUUUUACCGAGCUUACAACUUGAGGCAGACUGCCCUGGCUGGAUAUCUCUUGUUGAUGUAUGCGGUUUACAUGAAGCGUUUUGUAUGGUUUGGUGCGGAUUUAGUGAUUGCUUUUCUUUUGAGCGUUUCGGAAACGCUGUGGUAGCUGGGCUUGCUGCAAGAAGAAACUUGCUGUUCUUGGUUGAGAACGUCGGCUCUAUGGCCAGCCAAAAAAUCAAGAGGUU